UUGGCCCCUGAGGAAGUGAACUCGAAGGAAGAAGCGGAGAGUAUGGUGAAGGCUUGUCCUCCUGGUCUGUAGGGAGCCAAGCUGUCGAUCACUGACCCCAGCUGUCAGGAGCGAGCGGACAAAACUCAAAGAGCAACCAGCUCGUCAUUGAUCAUGCCCAUGGUACACCCUUGAUGAAACACUGACAGAGAAUUGUGUAAUGGCACAUAAUGAUGACGGGGAUAGGAUCUCGCCAGCUCCAGCCUCCUUGACGUCAUUCGAAGCAGUGGAAGAAGCAGACAUUAUUCACUGGAUAAAUGAACCAAACGGACUGGGCCACCUCAGUCGCAGCAGCAGCACCAAUGAGCCGGAGCUGUAUCCCGUGUCCGAGACCCCAGAUUUGUAUAAUGGCCGCACUUUAUUGGUCCUCACUUCCAGUGCCCCUUGGUGGUCUCAGGGAUUCGAUCUCGAGUCAUGUGAGGAUAAUCUUGCCCGAUUUGGAAUCCAGAUACCACCAGAAGAUUACAAGCUGCCCAUCAAAGCAUCCCUGAUGACCUCUGAAGUCAGAAGAUACAUGUACUUCAAUUCCAGUGGCUUCCUGAUGCUCUUCGCCCCCGUUUUCUACAUUGUCACGUGGUGCUGCCUAUUCUCCACCUUCCACAUCUACAUGAGCCAAUAUCUGAAGAGUUUCUUCUGGGCUUUCUGCCUGCUCAUCAGUGCCGUUGCCGUACUGAUCAGCACAGUCCUGCUUCUCAUUCUGCGCUCACACUACAGCAAGAUUAAUGUGAACACAGAUGUGCGUCUCAUGUGGGCCAACGAGAACCUCGCAAAGCACAACAUCUUGGUCGGAGCAUUGGACGUGACAAGAAAGUGCACAAGUGUACUGCACCUUUGUUUCAUUUACUUCAACCUCGGGGAGUGCAAGGGGAGGCUGGCUUCUCUGCUGGAAGCAAGACGUCACUCAGGCCCUGGACUCCAGUCGCUUCUGCGUCAGAAGCUGGGACACCUCUGCAUCGUGGUAGAAACGAGUCAAGACAGUCCUCUGAGUGAGGUGGAUGCAGGGUCUGAGGAGGCUCCUCUAUUACCCGGGAACAGUGACGGGGCUCUCAGUAAUGGCAAUCAGCAAGCACGGCACGUUUUUAACACCUUGACGUGCCUGGUCCCCGAAGGUACAUCUGAGGAGAUAGCCUACCAGCUGCUGCUGACGUUCAGUGGACUCUAUGUAAAGCUACACGUACUGAAGCAGCUGCCUCGCACCAGGGCUUCCAUUCACACAGACGUCGUGCAUGUCCCCUGUCUUUGUCAGUACAUCGAGACUUCAAUAUUGAACCUAUCAGGUGGCGAACCAUAGGCAUCAGCCUAAAUGUGAACUUUAGCAACCCAGAAACAUUGCACAGGUAACAAUGUCUGACCUUGAACAGCAGCUGUGUUAAAACAGCGAUAUGCUGGGCCGAAUGCAGUUGACUCUGGAAAUUAUAAGGACACCGGUAAUGGCCUCCAUUCCCACCCCCCCCCCCCCCCCCCAGCAUUGCCUAUUCCCCUUUCCCUCUGUCACCUAUCUCCUUAUCUGCCCAUCACCUCCCUCUGGUGCUCCUCCCCCUUCCCUUUCCUCCACGGCCUUCUGUCCCCUUCUAUCAGGUUUCCCCUUCUCCAACCCUUUAUCUCUUUCACCUAUCGACUUCCCAGCUCUUUACGUCUCCCCUCCCCUUCUCCCGGUCUCACCUAUCACCUUUCCUACCCCCCACCUCCUGACUCUAACUUUUCAUCUCUUUUUCUCCAGUCCUGAUGAAGGCUCACGGCCCAGAACACCGACUGUUUACUCUCUUCCCUAGAUGCUGCCUGGCCUGCUGGCUUCCUCCAGCAUUUUGUGUGUGUUGCUUAUAAGGACACUUGUAUGUCUGUUGAUCAGCCGCCCAUCUGCUGAUGACAGUGACUUUGGCAUCUCAUCAAGGAGCGAGAACAUAGAACAGAGAACAGCGCAGGCCCCUCGGCCCACUGUGUGCUGACCUACACUGAAAUCAAUCCAACCCCUCCCUCCCAAUAACCAUCAAUCACCCGUGUGCCUGCCUUCAGAAUUUCUUAAAUAUCCCUGAUGUGUCUGCCUCUACCACCACCCACGGCAGAGUGUUCCACGCAUCCACCACUCGCUGUUAAAAACCAGUAAAACCUCGGAGCAGAAUUAGGCCGUUCAGUCCAUCUGUCUGUUCUGCUAUUCCAUCAUUUAUUCUCCCUCUCAACACAAUUCUCCUGCCUCCUCCCCUUAAACUUUACUGCCGUUACUAACCAAUAAUUUAUUAAUAUCUGCUUUAAGUAUAUCCAAUGACUUGGCCUCCGCAGCCGUCAGUGACAAUGAAUUCCACAGAUUCACAACCUUCUAACUGAAGAAAUUCCUCAUCUCACAUCCACACUCAGUCUGGACUUCACUCAGUCUUUUGCACUUUGUAUUGUUUAUCCAAAACUGUUCCACACCCACUGGGUGGGGCACUUGGAAUUCCCCACAAACUUCCGUCUUUUCUUCCUCCCCUCCCUCCACCAGAUAUUUUUAUCUCUGCACCCUGGUGCUACACCCAGCAGGUGGAUCAUGGUACAUUGCCCAGUUUCCAAUCCAUUGACAUUUAUGGGUAGAAAGCUGCAGGUUAAACUGUGAGCGGCUGUGAUGGGAUUAAUUACGGUGGUAGGAGUGUUAUGCAACUGUAAUUGGUGAAUAUAUUGGUAAAUAGCCCAGAUGAGUGUGUCCAAGAAUCUGCUGCCUUCAAGGGCAGUGACAAACAGAAACUUAAUGAAAGAAAAGCAAGUUCAGCUUUAUUUGUCACGUGCACAUGGAAACAUACGGCGAAGUGUGUCAUCUGCGUCAAAUCACCUGAGUGAGGGUUACACAGGGGCAGCCCACGAGAGUCGCCACAGUUCUGGCACCGUCAUUGCCAACCUGUUCGCCUUUGGACCGUGGGAGGAUGCUGAGGCGGCUGGAGGAAACCCGGACGGUCACAGGGAGAAUGCACAACUCGUUACGGACAGCAGUGGGAGUUCAACCCGGGACUCUUGCACUGAACCUGAAAAUUUAGUGACUCUCCUUACUGAGGUCAUUUACUGUGCAAAUAGUUUAUAUUUCUAGACCAAAAAAUUCCACUUUUUCAAGUGUAAAGAUUUUUAAAAAGGUAUCAACUGCUGUAAAAACUUAGUUUUAAUUUGUUAAUUGAUUAUUUAAUGAUAUGCAGAAGACAAUUCAUUAACUCCGUUGUGAAUAUCAGGAUUUCAGGAGAGAUGGUAUGCUUCCAGCAAAGUAGAGUGGAUUUAAGACUGAAAUAAAGAGCUUUCUAUUUUAA